AUGCGCUUCGAUCGGGAACCAACUCGUUCUCCUUCACGUUCACCUCCACCAUUCCACGAUGACAACGACAACAAUGAUGUUGAUAAUGAAACUGAAUUGCAAGCAAACAUUGCUGAGAAAGAGACUGAGAUGAGACAUACACAAGAAUUACUCAACGAACAAAUGAGGCAAGCCGAAGUAACGCUUACUCAACUUCGACAGGUCAAUCAUCUGUUAGAGGAGCAGUUCAAGAUUCUUGCAUCUGGUCAUGUAAAUACACAAAGUUGA